UCGGCAACUAGUGGUCGGGAUUGGAUCCCGGUUCCGGUGACACCAUCCGGCUAGUAUCAUACCGUCGUGAAUGACACUGAUAGGGCCCGGUGCCCCAGGAAUGGCAUUCAUGAUGAAGAAGAAAAAGUACAAGUUCUCGGUGGAGCUCCACCUCGAGGAGCUGGUGGAGGUCCCGUUCCUGAACGCGGUGCUGUUCGCGAAAAUUCGUCUGCUAGAUGGCGGUUCCUUCCAGGCUCACAGCAAUAGGGAGGAAGUGAAAAACCACACCGUGAAGUGGGGUCAAAAGUUCGAGUUUCCCUGCAAGAUGACGUCGAACGCGUCGACGGGCGUGCUUGACCUCUGCACCGUCCGGAUAUCGGUGCGGAAGGAGAUUAAGGGCGGCCGUAGUUUCCAGAAAUUAGGAUUCACGGACCUGAACCUGGCCGAGUUCGCCGGUUCCGGUCUAACGUCGCGCAAGUGCCUGCUCGAGGGCUAUGACGCACGGCACCGGCAGGACAACUCGAUGCUGAACGUGUCGCUACGCAUGCACAUGAUCCAGGGUGAUAUUUUGUUCAAAGUUCCUUCUCCCAGUCCCAAGUCGAAGACUGCACUGCCGCAGGAUAACCUGGCACUCGGACUACAACCCACCGAUCCGGCGAUGGCAGCGGUCGGUCCCGUCGUGACGCCCGUCGUAACGCGCGUUUCCACCAAAGAAGAUCCAUCGGUCGCGUCUGUUGCGUCCGGGUUCGACUCGCUGCCCAAGAAGAAACCCACGGCACAGGGUCUUCCGACAACGAUAGAACACCAGCAGUCGAUCGAUCUGGACCCGCAGUCGUUCAUCAUCACCGAUUCCGGGAUAUCUGAAUCUUCCGAACCGCCAUCGUCCCUGCUGGACUUCCAGUCGAAUCUUUCGCUCGUGGCAUCGCUACCCAUCAAUGUCGGUGCGUCACAGGCUGGCACUGUCCCCGGAGGCCAGCAGGUGCCCGCGAACGUCGGUAGCGUUGCCGGAGCGAUCGAAUUAGGUCACUCGCGCAACUCGAGCAAUACUAGUCAAAUGUCCAAAGGUUCCGGCUACAGCAGCUUCUCCCACAGUCAACAUUCGAGGCAAAGCUCGGAGGGAGAUUCGGGUCACCAGAGGUUCCGGCCGGUGUCGGCAUCGGGGUACCAUGGCAAACUGGGCGCCAGCACCGCCACGGUGCCGACGACCACCAGCGCCACCGUCACCGCGUCUAGUAGUAGUACCGCACAGCCUGUAGUUAACGGCGGUGGCCGAUUCAUUUCGCUCGCUAAUAAGAAACUUCUCACCAGUGGCAUCAGCAACAGCAGCAGCAGCAGCAGUGGUACCGGAAACAACGACAUUGGCGACACCGCCAUGAUCAUCAACCCCGCGAAACAGCACGCGAUCACCGCCAAUCGGUUGCUGAUGAAACUGCGCCUACCUCAGAGCCCUACUUCGGACUCGGGUGACGAGCUGUUCGCCACACCGGAUGUGACGGUGCUGUCGGAGGACGAAGCCGGCGACGAUCGGACCGAGUCCGGGGUGGACGAAUUCGGUACACCCACGUCGGAAAUACCGCUCGCGAAGCUGGUCAAGAUCAAGAGCAUGAACAACCUGGCCGUCCCCAAGGGAGCCAUGUUUUCGGACGAAGAAGACGACCGGCAUCGGCAAGCGCACGAAUGCUCCUUGGGGACGCCAGGGGACCUGUCCGCCGAGCUGCACCUGUCACCCGCGAUGAACCUGAGCCGUAUGAAAUCACUCGGCAAUCUGUCGGCGUACGAGCGCGAGUUUGGCCACACGCCCGUCGAUCUGUUGCAAUCGAAGCGGGACUUCGAAACGCGCCGGUUUAGCUUCGCAAAGAUGCGCUCGCUGACGGAUCUGACGGUGGGCGAUGAGACGGAUGAUCCGUUGGUGCGACGUCGCCGGCAAUUGGAAGCGGAAGAGAAGGGCACCGUGAAGCAACCUUCCUCGCCAUCGCCACUGUCACUGCCGUGUUCCGGUGGGAUCGAGCUGGUCAAUCGUUUCCUGCCGUUCCAGAUGCGCAGCUCGUUCCACAGUGGCGUUUACCGGAAGCGAUCUGGGAUUGGAUACACGCGUUACAUCGGCAUCGAUGAUGAUACGGCCACAGCUGCAGGCAAUGGAACGACGGCUGGUACGCCACUGGGUGCUAGCAAUCUGACGAAAAUCAGCUCCCUCAGCACGAUCCCGACCGUGUUGGCGGGCGAGCGCAUCGAUCACGUCCCAUUCUUGACACCCAACAUCAGCCGGAAGCGGUUUGGGUCCUCGUCGACGAGCGCCACCAGCAGCCCGGAUGAGAACGAUCCCGAACCACCACCGGUGGUGACGUUGCGAUUAAGCAAAGCAAAACCGAGUGCCGCCUCGACGGGUACGACUUCCUCCAUCGUGAAGGCGAUCGCGCGCAGUUCCGGACGCGGCAGCAGUCCGUUUGAACGCAACUUCCGGAAAAGCGCCCCGAUCGGUGAUGCAGCUCAACCGGAAGCGAUGAACGCGCGCGGGUUGCUCACCACUUCCAGCUCGUCGGGCUCCGUCCAGCAACUGCAGCAGGUGGGCGGAUACUUCCGGCAGUCCGACAGUAAUUUCUACAACAUCGUGCGGAACUAUCCUAUCGGCAAAAGCGCCUCCGCGAAUCUGGAGUCGCUCAAACACCGCUCUUCCUACAACAGCUUCCCGCUGAGCCUGAAACCUCAUCAGUCUCAGCCGCAACAGCAGCAGCAGCAGCAGGCUCAGAAGCAAGCAAAUGUGAUCGUACCGAAGGCUGAUGUGAAGGGCGCAGUGCCACCGGUAUCCAAAGCGGUCUCCGCCAUCUCUGCGAAAGCGGUGGCCGUCAAUCAACCGGUGACGACGGCGGGCAAUCGAGUCUACCAUAGAUUCCGCUCUGUAGUGAGGGUGGUUCUUAAGUUUAUCAUAAAGGGACAAUCGAACCAAUCGACAAACGAUUGCCAUAAAUCUACCACUUCUACCAUCAGCAAUGCUACCACUACCAGUAGUACCGUCAUUACUACUGCUGCUACAAAUACUACUACUACUACUACUACUACUACUACUUCUACUACCACUACUACUAGUUCCACUUCUACUUCCACCACCUCCUCUACCAGUGCGACGGUGUUAAAGAACAUUUGUGGUUUACACCGGCGCUUGCUGGACGGCAGCACUCGUCAACUAACCUCACUAGCACUAGCGACCCCAUCGACCUCGUCCGGCGCCGGCACGUCCUCGUCCGGUUCGAGUGCCAUCAGCCCUUCGUCGACGGGCACGUCGGUCGGUACCGGGGCCCCGGUGGGGACCGGCGGGUCACCUUCAAUCGGAACCGUGCCGGGAUCCGGGUGCGAUUGUCCGGAUAUGCCGGCCGGUUCGGGUGUCCCAGGGUCGCUUCCGGGUGGAUCGGAACCGACCGGCGGUGUGAUAGGGGCGCCCUCGGUGGGACCACCCUGCUCCACGGCGCCACUGUGUGUAGCUUCAUCAUCAUCAUCAUCCGGGUUCGAUGCGUCGAUGCUCAACAAUGGCACUAACAACUCAUCAUCGCUCAAUCUACCAUCUUCGCUUGCGCUCAGACGUCCCAGUGCUAACAUAAAUCCCAGUUCUAGCUCAAUCCCGAUGAGUGAGACCGGUUCACUCGAUCGCAUGAAGUCGGCGGCGGAGAGAAGGAAAAAAGGAACCGGCUUGGACGGGGACAGCGGCAUGGCACCGACGCUGUCCGGCCGCGUCGAGGACACCCGCGUCAACACCGGUCUGAUCAUUGACGAGCUGUUGAAAAACACUAAGCUGGACCACUUAGAAGAUGCAGAAAAUCCCACCGGACUAGCGCUGUACAUCAGCAGCGACGGUACGACGAUGGUCGGCAGCCACGAGGUGCACUCGCGCAUGCCAGCCGGAGCGUUCAAGCAGGUGGUCAUGGAAACCCCAAGAUAG